UCAACUCAAGUAUGGCUACUGCCAGCACAUCCACAGCCAUGGAGGAAGUAGUUCCAGAACUUAAUUCAAGUGGACCUGCAGAUGUGGACUGCUCAUCGUGCAUCGGAAGGAAGCGCAAAGCUGAACAGUUCUGUCUGCAGUGUUCGGAGUCGUACUGCGAUUUUCAUCUUGACUUACAUAACACUUUGCACGUUGGGAAGAGGCACAAGCUAAUGGAGCCAUGUAUAGCUCUGCUGGAGAACAUGUGUGUUGAUCAUGGCAGGAGGCUGGAGGUGUAUUGCCGAACAGACCAAAAGUGCAUCUGUCACCUGUGUAUUACUGAUAAACACACUGGUCAUCAUGUCAUCUCAAUGCAAGAGGAGGUGGCCAGCAAACAGGGUAAGCUGUGGGAGUUGCAGAAGAAGGCCAUUGACAUAAUUGAAGCAAAAGAGAAAGACGUGCAAGCGCUGAAACAAGCCAUUGAGGUUUUCAGGGCUUCAGCAAAUAAGGCACUGGUGAAGAAUGAGAAGAGCUUCACUGAGCUGAUCCAAUUUAUGAAGGACAAUCAAAACAAAGUGACAGCGCUGAUCCAGGGUCAGGCAGAGUCUGCAGUGAAGCAAGCAGAGGGCUUCGUAAAGACCUUACAGCAGGAGAUCAGUAUUAUGAGGACCAGAAAUGCUGAUCUUCAUCACCUAGAUCUGUUGUCUCAGUCAAACAAUGAUGUUCGCUUUCUUCAGAGUGCAGUGUUCAUGCCUUUACUGACCGAGUAUAAACAGUCCUUCGUCUUCCAUGUGCAUCCAUACAAUUCUUUUGAGCGUGACUCCAUGUUUGUUGAUGAAUUAGUUAAAAAGCUAAACACAACCAGCAAGCAGAGUUUACUCAGAGUUUCCAGAAAAGUGAAAAACACUAGAAUCGUGACAUCACCACCACCGAAGACACAAAAGGAGUUUCUACAGUAUGCAACAAAGCUCUCUUUCAAUACCAACUCAGCGCAUAAAUAUCUGGUCUUCAGGAAAGACAACCAAGAGGUGAUGGCCUCAAACCAGCUUCAGGACUACCCUGAACACACACAGAGGUUUAACUGCAGGACACAGAUCCUAUGCAAUGAAGCCCUCAGAGGGUCCUCAAAAUACUGGGAGGUGGAGUUUGAUUCAACCUACUGGGUUUGCAUUGCUGUGUCCUACCAGGGGAUCCGUAGAAAAGGCAAACACCGUACUCUGCUUGGGAGAAAUGCCAAAUCGUGGGGACUGCGCUGUAAUGGUGUCCAUUUUCAGUUUUGGCAUGACAAUAAGACACUAUUUUCAAAGUGUCAGUCACAUGGCUCCAAAAUAGGAGUGUAUUUGAACUAUAGGGCUGGAGUCUUGGCGUUUUACAGUGUUUCCGGUGUCAACAUGAGUCUCAUUUAUAAGCACAAAACUGUUUUUAAAGAGCCUGUUUAUGCGGGGUUUGGACUGGCUGGGAAAGGUUCCUAUGUGAAACUUUGCAAUCCAGUGAAAACUGAGACAAAAGCGUCUCUUCCUUCUCCGUUUAAGUUUGAAUCUAAAACAUCUUCUUUCUUUCCAUUUAAAUUUGGCUGCUUGUAAUGCCGAGUUCAGACUGCAUGAUUUUUAGCCCCGAUUUUGACUCUGCGACAGGUUUUGAGAAAUCGUGGACAAAUGCCUGAAAUCACAGGAAAAUCAGGGCUCAUUCACAUGAGUAUCAAUCACACAGUGUGAACUAUCAAAGACACGAAGUGAGAGAAUCAGCGAUGAGUUGCUGACACCCGUCAGAUAUUUGGCAUGCUUAAUAUCUGGACCUGUCGGCAAUUCAAAAUCAUCCCGUGUAAAAUGUGUUCUGAUUGAAAAUAACAUCGGCAAUUACCUACAGCCAGUUAGAGAGCAGCAUCCACUAGUAUGGGUAUCUGCAGGCCAGCAGGAGGCUGGGGGAGAAGUUAAAAUGCUAACUUUCAGUUUAUUUGGACCCAAGAGAUGGAGGAAAAACUAGUGGAAAAAGGAAAAAAGUUUGAGAGAAAUUGCCUUUCAAAGGCCUGGUGAGCAAAAUAAGUACAUUUUCCACCCCACUAAAUGCUUCUUUCCCAUUUAAGCAGUUAAUAACUAAAGAUAUACUAUGUGACCUGGUGUUGUUUCCAUGUCACUUCUCGCGUGUGUUUGGUUGUGAGACGUUGUGGACCGAGACAACAUUGUCGGCGAUUCUUAAAGUCAUGCAGCGUGAAACCCUCUGUCACCGAUCCAUUAUGCAGUGUGUAAACAGCACCAACAGAAUGUUACCCCAGAUUGUCACACAGUGUGAAAACAUCUGUGACACGACUACUUUGAAAAUCGUGCAGUCUGAACUCUGCAAAAGUUGUAGUAUUUACAUGUGCCAAAGACGACAUAUCUUAUUCUGCAUCACAUACACUGAAAAAAUGAUGUCAGCAAAACUGUUGCAAACAAUUUAGUUGUGUUGAAUUUAAACAAAAAAAAUUUUAUAUAAUUAUGUUCAACUUAAUUUAUUUGUUGAAAAAUUCAGCCCAAAUAAAUUGUUUACAACCACUUAACCUAAAAAAUUUGUAAAUCCAAGGAAUCAUCUUUGAAUACUUUUUUCAGUGUAGCACACUUUGGAGAGGGAUUCAUUUAUUUAGUUUAGUUUUGUAUGUGGACACCUGGUGGCAGCACUAGAUAAGUUUUAUAUCAUUUUUAUCAGCACAUGUAAAUAGAAACUCAACUUUAGUGGAUAUCUCAGAAUGCAUAUCAAACUGGAAACGUCCAAUAUUUUAUAUUGAAUUAAUAACUUCAAAAUAUUAGAUGUAUACCAUUUAACAUACUAUCACAAAAUGUCUUAUCUGUGUUUUUAACAUGUCCUGAAUAUUACUAAAAUGAUUGCACAUACUGUUCCCCAAACACACUGUGUGUGUAAAUCAUUUGCCCGUUUCACAUCUGCUGAUCUGAACCCAAAUCUGUCAUUCCAUCUAAUCCUUCAACCAAAUCCACACACUCAGUCCUUUCCCAGUGAUCAUUGUCUGCUUAUUCUUGUUCCUCCUUUGUGCAUUCGUCCAUCCCUCCUGUCACUCUUUCCCCUCAGGGUCCACUCUUCCACUGUCCCAACAAUUACAGUCUCGUUUUCUCCCUUAAACCACACAAAUGCACAUGCACACACACACAUGCAUCAUUUCAUUGAGUAGAUAACUGUAUACGCCGAGGCCUGGAGGCUUGGUCGAGGGGACAAAACCAAAGCCAGUCGCCUCCUGCCCUUCCCCCUGCUGCCCACCCGUCCAAACAGAACAAAAAUCAGCCUUGGGGUAAGUGUAGGGCAGACACGGUUUCAACAGAGCAAGCAAUGCCACUGCAAGAAUAAAAAAUAAAUAUUGUGUGUAGUGGAAGGAUAGACACUAAUAGAGAACAUCAUAGAGAGAGUGAGUGUGUGCGCCUCGGUCUUUAGGGAGCCCGCUUACAAUUCUGCCCAAUCAUAGACAUCAUUUGCGGCUUGUAUUAUCCUUUUAUGAGUGACGGGAUUUUAAAAUACUCUAUUAUGAAAGGAGCCAUUUCUCUCGCUGCCAAGGACAUUGACACUAUAGUCACACUGCUGCUAUUAAUACCCGUUUUUUAAACUGAGUCACCAUAUAAACUAAAAACCGCUACACUCACAAACUCCUCCUCCAAGCUAUUACCCAGCAGGCAGAUGCUGAGGUCUGUCGCUCUGCUAACAAGGUGCCUGUUAGAGUAAGUUGCUGUUGCACAGUUUUCUUUCUCGCAUUGAUGUAUUGCUGUUGAAACAGGAGCUUUGGGUGGCAUGUAUUAAAUGGCACUUUCUUUUUUUCGUCUUUUUUUAUUAGCUAAAUUGAAUAUUGGUUGCUAGUCAGUUGUAGGGUCAGGGAGGGACUCAUUUCAGAUAGCGUAUAAUUGGACGGAAAUUUGAAUAGUGCAAGAGUCAUCAAUAAUUUGGAGAAUCUCCAAAUCUGCUGUGAGCGAGUCAAUAUGUAAGAGUAGACCAGUGUGUUUGCUAGCAUCAGAUCUAACAAAUGUGUAUUAAAGCCAACAGAAUGCUAAGGCUACACUCUUCAAUGUAUCUUUGUUUUCUUUCUCACUUUUAUGUAUCUGCUAUUGAAACAGGAUAUGUUGGUGGAAUGUAUUAAAUGCCAUAUUUUUUUUCUUUUUUCAACUCUAUUUUUAAUUAGCUCAAUUGAAUUUUGGUUGCCAGUCAGUUGUAGGUCUUGGCAGGGACUCGUUUCAGAGAGCAUUUGAUUGGACGAAAUUUGUAUAAUGCUAGAGUCAUCAAUAUUUUUGGAGACACUCCAAACCUACUGUGAAUGAGUCAAUAUGUAAGAGUGAACCAGUAUGUUUACUAGCUUCCAGUCUAACAAUUAAAGCCCACAAAACUCUUUUGGCUACAUUCUUCAGCAUGUCUUUGUUUUCAUUCAUGCACUGCUGUUCAUUCAUUCAGUCAUUCAUUUUCUUGUCGGCUUAGUCCUUAUUUAUCUGGGGUUGCCACAGCGGAAUGAACCGCCAACUUAUCCAGCAUAUGUUCUACACAGCGGAUGCCCUCCCAGCUGCAACCCAUUUAUGGGAAACAUCUAUACACAUUCACACUCAUACACUACGGACAAUUUUAGUCUAAACAAUUCACCUGCACCACAUGUCCUUGGGCUGUGGGGGAAACCGGAGCACUCGGAGAAAACCCACGCGAACGCGGAGAGAACAUGCAAACUCCACACUGAAACGCCAACUGACCCAGCCGAGGCUCAAACCAGCAACCUUUUUGCUGUGAGGCGAUAGCACUACCUACUGCGCCACUGCGUCGCUUCUGCAUUGCUGUUGAAACCAGAUAUAUUGGUUGAAUGUAUUAAAUACCACCUUUUUUUUCUUUUUUUUCCCUCUCUUUUUUUUAUUAGCCCACUUGAAUUUUGGUUGCUAGUCAGUUGUAGGUUUGGGGAGGGAUUUUUCAGAGAGCACUUGAUUGGACAGAAAUUCGUAUUGUGCAAGAGUCAUCAAUAUUUUUGGAGAUGCUCCAAAUCUGCUGUGAGCGAGUCAAUAUGUAAGAGUACACCAGUAUGUUUGCUAGCAUCCAGUCUAACAAAUGUGUAUUAAACCCGACAAAACUCUAAGGCUACAUUCUUCAGUAUGUCUUUGUUUACAUUCAUGCAUUGCUGUUGAAACAGGAUAUUUUAGUGGAAUGUAUUAAAUGCCACCUUUUUUUCUUUUCCCCCUCUUUCUUUUAAUUAGCUCAAUUGAAUUUUGGUUGCUAGUCAGUUGUAGGUCUUGGCAGGGGCUCGUUUCAUAGCACAUUUGAUUGGACAGAAAUUUGUAUAGUGCAAGAGUCAUCAAUAUUUUUGCAGAAACUCCAAAUUUGCUGUAAAGGAGUCAAUAUGUAAGAGUACACCAGUAUGUUUUCUAGCAUCAGGGCUAACAAAUGUGUAUUAAAGGCCAGAAACUCCAGAAAUCAUUCUUUCCUUUAAGUAGCUCAAUUGAAUUUUGGUUGCUAGUGAGUUGUAGGGGCAGGGAGGAACUCGUUUCAGAGAGUGUUUGAUUGGACAGAAAUUUUAGAGCGAGAGUCAUCAAUAUAUUUGGAGAAACUACAAACCUGCUGUAAGUCCAUAUGUAAGAGUACACCAGUAUGUUUACCAGCAUCAUGGCUAACAAAUGUGUAUUAAAACCCACAGAACUCUAAGGCUCCAUUCUUCAAUGUAUCUUUGUUGUCUUUCUCACUUUUAUGUAUCUGCUGUUAAAACUGGAUAUGUUGGUGGAAUGUAUUAAAUGCCAUAUUUUCUUGUUUUUUCGACUCUAUUUUUAAUUAGCUCAAUUGAAUUUUGGUUGCCAGUCAGUUGUAGGUCUUGGCAGGGACUCGUUUCAGAGAGCAUUUGAUUGGACGAAAUUUGUAAAAUGCUAGAGUCAUCAAUAUUUUUGGAGACACUCCAAACCUACUGUGAAUGAGUCAAUAUGUAAGAGUAAACCAGUAUGUUUACUAGUUUCCAGUCUAACAAUUAAAGCCCCCAAAACUUUUAGGACAUAUUGGUUGAAUGUAUUAAAUACUACCUUUUUUCUUAUUUUUCCCUCUUUUUUUAUUUGCUCAAUUGAAUUUUGGUUGCUAGUCAGUUGUAGGGUCAGGCUGGGACUUGUUUCCUGAGCAUUUGAUUGGACAGAAGUUUGAGUGCGAAAGUCAUGUAAGAGUACACCAUGUUUGCUAGUA